GAGCAAACACUUUUCCCAUUCAUCACGACUCGACACGAUUCAUUUUAACGACAUACGACACGCCGAAUCUAUUCAGUCUUUUGUUUUGUACAAUUCGUCUUGACCGCUUGGUCCUAUUCACCGACAAGCUCGGCUGGGCUACAGCACCCGAAGCCUAGCUUUAUUAUAUUCCUGUAACUGAGACCUGCUCAUCACAGACUCCUUCCAUCAUGGCUCCCGCCCUCAUCCGCAUAUUGCGCAGUGCGCCUUCGCUCACACAACACACCCCUAGAGCUGCCGAGGCAUUCUCUUCACUCCAGGGACAUCUGCUCGAGGCUUCCAAAGUACUCAAUGCUCGAGACGACAAGGAUGAAGACAGCAACAACAGACACAAGCCGUCUGUCGAGCCUGAAUCAGGCUCUUUCGACCCUCACGAUAUCAACAAUGCUGGUUUCUUCUUUCUCUUCGCUCUGAUUGGUGUCGUCUUCGUUUGCACCGGUAUCUGGUUUUUCUUCUGGGCCAAGAACGGUGGUUUCCAAUUCAAGGAGGAUGAUUGGGAUGACUACAAAUCUACUGUACUUCGACGCACCGGACCUAACGGCACUAUUCUUUCCAAUGCGACUCGACCAACAAACCUCGGUGGUGGCAGCGUGUACAAGGACGUUGAUGAUGAUAACACAACCGUUGUUACAGAGGGCACGACACUUACUGGUAUUACAGCUGGAGCUAGCGACAUUUAUGCCCGUGAGAAGCGUCGCCGCAAGCAGGAAAAGCGAGAUCGUGAGCGUGCGAAGAAGGGCAAGAAGACCAGCCGUCACGUUGGUGAGGAGGGUGUCGAGGAUGAAGAUGCCGAGCGCGCUGCCAAGAAGGAACUCCGCAACUACCGCCACGAAAGAGCUGCCCGUGUCGGUGGUCUGAACAAGGAAAGUGAGGGCUCCGAAUGGGACGGCUCUACCAACAACGGCACCGAAUCCAACGUUUCAACCAACCUCCUCUCUGAUCGCCAGACUACACCUACGACUACACCCACCAAGGCCAAGGCCGGCAUUCGCAAGGUUUACUCUACCGCUGAUCGUCGCGAGAACCGUGAGGCCGAGCGCAUGCGUGCAGAGGCCCGUCGUCUACGUGAAGCUGGCCGCAAUGCGCGCCGCGACUUUAGCUACCAGCGUGCCGAAAGCUACUCCCGCGCCGACACCCAGGCUGACUCGCAGGUGAGCGAGAGCCUUCUCGACGGAUCGCAAGUGACUCGCACCACGGAUGAUAGCGGCGACCUGGGAACCAAGAGUUAUCACCACCCGAUGCCUGAGUUGAGGGAGUUGGAGAAGGAGCGCGCGAGGGAGGAGAGAAGGGCACGCAGAGCGCAGCGAGAGUACCGUCGGGGCCGAACGACAGAGGAAUAGGGGAUGAAUGAUCUCGGUACAUGGGUUGACGAAAAUCGUUUAUUGAAUUUUAACGGGUAAAUUGCGACUUUUGCUAUUAGGGAUUCGGGAAUGGGCUUGAUUCAUGUAGUAUGUGUAACGUAUGUAAAUAGGCACGGUAACGGAUUAUCACGGACACGAAUGGAUAUGCUGCUCAGAUUAGUAGAUUAUAAAUAAAGCACGAUACGAUAA